AUGGACAAACAAACUAGGCUCGUGGACGAGAGACGAGCGUCAAUCCAAGACCACGAGAUUCUUGGUGACAAGUUUAAUACUUCACAUGAAGAGGCAACACAUCUCGGCGAGCUGACACCGGAGGAGCUUGUGCUUGAAAAGCAGCUGAGGAGGAAGAUUGACCUUGCGAUUAUGCCUAUGGUGGUGUUGGUCUACUUGAUGAACUACAUCGACAGAAACAACUAUGCUGCAGCCCGUCUACAAGGUCUCGAGGAAGACCUUAACCUGACACCGCAACAAUACCAGACAGGUCUCAGUAUCUUGUUCGUCGGCUACAUUAUCAUGCAAGUUCCAUCGAAUCUGGUCCUCAAUUAUAUUGGAAAACCCAGCUGGUAUCUUGGCUUCUUUACAAUUGCAUGGGGUUCUGUGUCAGCACUUACCUGUCUUGUUACCAAUUUCAGCCAGAUCGUUGCUUGCCGUUUCAUCCUGGGCAUGGUCGAAGCACCCUUCUUCCCUGGUGUGCUCUUCUACCUUUCAAAAUGGUAUACGAAGAAGGAAUUGAACCUUCGAAUGUCCAUUUUCUAUUCAGGCUCGCUUAUUUCAGGUGCCUUCGGUAGCUUGAUUGCCGCCGGUAUCUUGAACGGGCUUGGCCACAGGCACGGUUUGUCUCCAUGGCAAUGGUUGUACAUCAUCGAGGGUGCCAUCACGGUUUUCGUUGGCAUACUCGUUUGCUUCAUUCUACCAGAUUUCCCUCAGACAUGGAAAGGACUGACUCCCGAGUUAAGAGCAGUCGCAAAUCGACGUCUUGCUAUCGAAGCAGCCGAAGCUGAUGUAGAUGAAGCAGGUGGCAUGUCCCAACUCAAAGGCUUUAAGUUGGCCAUGAAGGAUCCAAACACUCAUCUCCUUGCCGUCGCUUACUUGUGCACGACUGGCGCAGCAGGCUUCCAGAAUUUCUUCCCUACCCUAACAGCUACGCUUGGCUAUACUCGAACCGUCUCACUCCUACUCUGCGCUCCACCAUACAUCUUCGUUACCUUCUGGGCGCUGGCCCAUUCAUGGUUCUCUGACCGUGUCGGCAACCGUUUCUGGUUCUUCAUCUACCCAAUUCCUGUGGUUUGUAUCGGCAUGGCUGUCUUUAUGGGUACCGACAACUUCGGCGCGAAGUACUUUUCACUGUUCUUGAUGGUGAUCAUCUUCAGCAUGAACGGGACUACGUACGCUUGGAUUGCGAACGCUAUUCCUCGUCCUCCCGCCAAGAGAGCUGCAGCGUUCGCAUUUAUCAACUCCAUCGGAAAUUCUGCUUCCAUCUGGACACCUUUCACAUAUCGUGCUGUUGACAGACCACAUUACAGACUGGCUCUUGGCAUCAACAUCGGUCUGAUGAUUGUUGCCACUAUAUGUGGUGUGACAUUGAGGUUUAUUCUUACCAACCGCAACAAGAGACUGGAAAGGCUAGAAAAUGAGGACGUUGCAUUGAGCGAAAAGGAUCUCGCGAAACUACGGAAAACCGCCGAAGUGGAAGGCAUAGAUAUUGCAACUGCUAGACGAAUGCAGAAGGGGUACCGAUACAUGAUCUAG